UCCACAUCUCUCACCAUCAUUUGAAUCAAAAUGGGUGGCGAUCUGAACUUGAAGAAGUCAUGGCACCCAUCUCUCCUCCGCAACCAAGAGCGCGUGUGGCAGGAAGAAAAACGCGCUCUCGAAGAACGCAAACGAAUCGACCAGCUCCGCCGCGAACGGGAUGAAGAGCGUCAGAUCCAGGAACUUCAACGGUUGCAAGAGAGCUCCGGAGGGCCACGCCAGCAUCAGCGCGUGGACUGGAUGUAUCAGGAACCCUCGAGCGCAACGGGCCACUACUCCGAGGAAAUGGAGGGGUACUUACUUGGAAAGCGACGCAUUGAUGGGAUCUUGUUGAAGAAUGAUGAGAGUAAGGAGUUACAGAAGGGUGCUGCUGUGGGUGGUGGCGCGGGCGCCGGUGCGGCGACCCUUCUUCCGCCUGUGAUUCAUAAUACCCGCGAUACGAUGGCGAAAGUCCUGGCGGAUCCGCUGUUGGAGAUUAAGAAGAGGGAGCAGGCGGCGUAUGAGACUAUGGUUAAGGAGUCGGUGAGGAAGAACCGUGAUCGGGAGAGGGAGAAGCCUAGGGAGCGCGAUGGUGGUCGUGACCGUGAUCGAGACCGCGACAGAGAUAGGGAUAGGGAUCAUAAGCGCAGACGGUAUAGUGAUGAGGAUUCACAUCGACAUAGCCAUCGGCGCUCGUCACAUCGGCACCGCUCCCGGUCUAGGUCUCCUGCUGCGUCGCCGGGACGUUCGCAUCGAAGCCGCAGAGAUGAUCGCGAUCGUGAUGAUCGACGCUACAGGGAUUACGAUCGCGGGAGUCGUCGAGAUCGCGAAGGAGAGCGAGAGGAGAAAGGAGAAAGAGUCCAUCAUACGAGCAAGUACCGCGGUCGGGACGAAAGAUACGACCGAUCCACGCGCAGGGUGUCCAGAUCUACCUCACCUCAGCCUGAUCGUAACGCCGCCGUUGACCGCCGUCGAACAGAGGAUAGAAGAGAAAGAUACAGCCGCAACAAUGACCAAAGGGAUAACCGUGGUGGUCCUAGAGCCCAGAAUAACUCUGGGGGGAAUCCAGGUGCAGAUGGAAACGAAAAUCACAAAGAGGAGGAGCGUAAGCGAAAGCUGGCGGAGAUGAUGUCGAACGCGAACGAAAUGGAAGAUACCCGUCGCCAACGUGUCGCUGAAGUCUCCGCCAUGGAGGAAAAGCAGCUUCAGGAUGAUGACAAGCACCGCUCAGAUCGCGGUCAAUUCAUGUCUGGUCUUCACCGUCAGCUCCAAGAAGACAGCUUGGAUGAGCGGAUCAGGCGAAAUCGUGGUGGAUUGUCCAAGAUGGAUGAUUAGGAUGGCUGGUUCCAUUUAUUUUUGAUUCUUUCUUUAUUUAUUUUUACUUUUCUUUUCUUUUCUUCUGUAUUAUGCUUGCGAUUAAUUCUAUGGAUAUGAGAACGACGAGAUGAGGGUCUUCCUACCCUGUCUUAUCACUGAGGAAUGGCCCUCAACAUAUUCGAUUCCCAGACACCCAAACCAAACCGUAAUGAAUGCAAAUAAUAAUCGAACGAACGAACCAAGGAAGCAGUACGAAAUAAACCAGGUAUAUCACAAAGUCCCUAAUGGACCAACAUCGCUAGAAUAAAUA